UUGUUUUUUUUAUAAGGGAUAAACAUAGGAAGUAUCAAGAUGGGGAAAAGACAACACCAAGGUGACAAGAUGUAUAUUACUAGUAAAGAAUGGGCUGCGUUUUAUGGCGGGCAUAAGAAGACCGUUCAGAAUUCUGACUUUCGGCGACUGCCUUUCUUUUGCUGCAGUAUAUCUUUACAGCCAGUCGAGAACCCGAUGUGUACAAAGGAAGGGCACGUGUUUGAUCUACUUAAUAUCGUGCCUUGGCUGCGAAAAUAUGGGACCAAUCCAAUUACUGGGGAAAAAAUGGAAGCAAAGUCUUUGAUAAAACUUACUUUUCAUAAAAAUGCUGACGGGAAGUAUCACUGCCCCGUUGUGUUUAAAGUCUUUAACAAAAACACGCACAUUGUGGCAAUUUCUACAACUGGUAACGUGUUUUCUUACGAUGCAAUUGACCAACUAAACAUUAAACCUAAGAAUUGGAAGGAACUUUUAACAGAUGACAAAUUCACCCGUGAGGAUAUUAUCACCAUACAGGAUCCGACAAAACUUGACAAAUUUAAUCUUCAAACUUUUUAUCAUUUGAAACAUAACCAGAAGCUGCCAGAUGAUGAUUUAAAAGCAAGAGCAGAUCCCAAGUAUUACAUGAAAACUACAAACGCUGAGACAUCUCAAACUUUGCAACAGCUUUAUAGUGAAUAUAAAGGGGAUGAAAUACUCAGAGAAAAAGCGACAGCUCCAAAAGCGAAGAUCGAUAAGUUUAACAUGUCGAAUCGCUCAACGGGACAUGUGUCUGCUUCGUUCACUUCAACAGCAAGAGCCCCAGAGGUGGAGCACGUGACGGUUGCAAGAGAUGAAGAUGAGGUGAGGUAUGAGUUUGUGAAGAAGAAGGGAUACGUACGACUUACUACUAAUGUUGGUGAAAUUAAUCUCGAGCUACAUUGUGACAUUACACCCAAGACAUGCGAGAACUUUAUCAAGUUGUGCAAGAAGGGGUUUUAUGAUGGAACUGUAUUCCAUCGUUUGAUCAGGAAUUUCAUGAUCCAGGGCGGAGAUCCAAGUGGGAAUGGACGUGGCGGGGAAUCUGCGUGGGGGGAGCCGUUUAAGGACGAGUUUCGAUUUAAUUUAUCGCAUUCUGAGCGUGGAAUACUCAGCAUGGCUAACUCUGGUCCAGAUACGAAUAAGUCGCAGUUUUUUAUAACUUUCCGAUCGUGCAAACAUUUGGAUCGUAAACAUACAGUGUUUGGGCGAGUGGUUGGGGGGUUGUCUACUCUUGUGAGAAUGGAAGAGAUCAAGACAGAGAAGAAGACCGAUGUUCCUUUGGAGAGGAUAGAGCUGCAAAAAGCGACGGUUUUUGUGGAUCCGUAUGAAGAGGCAGAUGAGACGCUUGCUGAGCUGAGGAGGAAAGAGGAAGAGCAAAGAGAGAGAAAGGAAGAGAAAGAAGAGAGUGAGAAAAGAGCGAAAAUAAAACCGAAAGUUUACAAAAGUGGGGUGGGGAAAUAUAUCAACUUUAAAUCCGCACAGAAGGUGGGGAUAGAGGGUGAAAGUUCAAUGAAAAAACGAAAAGUUAAAACUUCGAUGAAUGAUUUUAGCUCAUGGUGAUCCAUUUCUAAAUUAUUAUUUUAAAUUUUGACCGCUGACAGCAAAGCAGUGGCGUUUAUAUUAAAUUUGUGGCGUAUUUUAUAAUGAAAAUGAAGGUAUGGUUAUGUGUCUUUUUGAAUGAAUAUUUUUUUUUAAUUUUUUCAAUUUGAUUCAUUGUAAAUGGCGAAUGCUGUUUCGAUAUAUUUUUCAUAUACUUGUUAUUGUAAGUUGUAAUAUCAGUUUAUUGUAUGCUUACAAUAAGUUGUGUGAAGCGUAGUUUUUGGGAAUUAGGCCACCAAAAGUUUAAUAAUUUGUGUUAAAUAUUUGGGGUUCUGCAAAAGGUUAGAAAGCUAUAUGUUAACUUUAUUUCCUUUGCUUCCGCCACUUCUACUGUUAAUAUAAAACUUAACUUUUCUAUCACUCAAACACA